AUGGACUUUGAGUCCUCAUCAUCAAAGGAAGCAAACCCACCUCAAGUUCUCACUUCCAAUGUUUCUGCCUCUGGUUUUCCUUUGAAGAUGGUCCAAAGAAAGGUACCCAACAAGCCUGGUAUCCAAGCUAAUCAUUUUAAAUCCGAGGAGCAGUUGGAGAACCUCAAACCAUCUUCUUCUAAAUACCAGGAUGGCAAGAACAUAGGAGGAGCUGACUUGAAGAAGAAAAUGAAGAAAUCAAGAUCAAUCAAGCGCUCAGACUUUGAAAGCCUACAAUCAUCAAAUUUCAGACAGCAAGUAUCACAAUGUGGAAAGCCACCACCUGUUGAUUUUCCAAAUGCUCCAGCAAACCCACAGAAGCAGUCCCUGACCAAAGCAUCGGACAUGACGCCAAAUUACAUGAAGUCCACGAGCAGUUUUGAUGCAAGGAAAGAGCGAUCUCAGGUAAGUUUGCGGACUCCUCAGACUGGUUCUGAUAGCAACAGUCCUAGCCGAAAGAAUUCAAAGAACCUGAGACUUAGCUCAGCUUCUAGUCAUAAACCAGUAAGACCAUUAGCUAGGACAUCAAGUUUGGAGCUGGCAAGGACUUUAACAAAAACUCCCAGUUUUAAACCAACAAGAACUUCAGCUAAAAAAUGUUCCUCAGUUGUUCAAUGUGAAAAUCUAGAUGUUCAGAGAGCAACAUGUUCCUCAACCUUAAAAGAGUCCAAGUCUCCCAUUUACCUUACACUUAACCCUGGGGGAACAGAAUCAGAAGGAACCUCUGCUAUGAAGGUUUGUCCAUACACUUGCUGCUCACUAAAUGGCCAUCAUCACACUCCUUUGCCUCCAUUAAAGUGCUUCUUGUCAGCAAGGAGGCGUAUGCUAAAGACCCAAAAGAGUAUAAAGCUGGCAUGUCUAUCCCCACGUCGAUCAAGGCCAUCUGGAGAUGAAAUGAAAGAAAUCGAUAUAGGGCAGUCGACCUUUGAUGAGAAACCAGAAAUUCAAGAGCUAGAUUUAAAUAGCUCAGCAAUCUCUCCUCUGAUACAAGAAGAGAAUGCAGAUUUCUUUAUAGAAAACCAUGUUAAAGAACGAGAAGAUAAUAAUGAUACUAUUGGUGAGGGUAAAAACAGUGAUGAUCACGCCACUGCUGAUUUAUCUGUUGAUGGUAUCAUGCCUUCGGUUGGAGGCAGUGAUGAAACAGCAGCAGAACAUGAUGGUGGACAGCUUGUUGAGAACUUCUUAGAUGAACCUCCUUGUUGUGAUGGUGAUUUUGAGGACAAUCUCAAUCAGAAAAAUGAUAUCAUCUCAUCAGAAAUGGAAAUUGCAGCGUUCUUUCCUGAAGUAGAAAUCCCCCCUAGUAUUCAGCCAGAUGAACUAGAUAAUGAGGCUACUGAUAUGGAGUGGGAGGCAGGACAAUACUACGUUCCAUGUUCCGACGAAGUUGACAAUUUAAUGCAACCCAACACUGAAUCUGAUUUGGAAAAAGGUUCUUCAUUGGAAUUUGUCAAUUGUAUGUUCCAUGAUGAACCCAUUGUCGAGUCAGAUGACAUCGUUAGCAGCUGCUUUGAAAAAAUUCUGGCUGAUGAAGUGCUCCAAGAAUUCUUUGACGAGGUAAGUAUGAGCUCUGAAGCAUGGCUUGUUAAUAGGGAUUCUGAAUCAGAUGCUUCAUAUGCGGAUUUGGCGGGUGAUGAAGAUAUCCAAGUGCCUGACAACCAAAAUGAUGGCCUGCUCUCUCCUCCUAAUGACGCAUUUGAGGACUCAAAAACGACAGAACAAAGAGAUGGAGAUUCCAAGUCACAUGACUCCGUGAACCAUUUUAUCAUUUUGGUUCCAGCUGAAAAGCCAAUUGAGGGACCGGAACCGUGGGCAGUCACUGAAGAUAAGCACGGAGUCUCGGAGGCAGAUAUUGAAAUCCCAACAAUGGAUCUUCAACUUGGAGAUGAUAAAAAGGAGUGCACCAUCAGCAAAGAAGAUGCAGCUUUGAUUGAUCAUCAGAAGAACGAAUCUCUUCAAGAUGAUGAUGCAACUGCAUUUCUGAGAAACCAAGAGCCUGACCAUUCUUGUGAUUUCACUGAUCAGAAUGAGACAUUCACUGCAAGCCAUAACAACAUUGACGUUCACCAGUCUGAUGCAGGUAAUGAUGGAAACAUAUUCGGUAAUGAGGUGCUUGAUGGAACCCUCCUUCCCAGAACAGAGGAUUCAGAAACAAAUCAUAAUUGCUUGGAGAAAGAAUUCCCCCUGAACGAUGCUGAAGAAGGAAGGGAAGAGAAAGAGCAAGUUGAAGCAGUGAAAUCAUUCGUUGGAGUUCAAACUGACCUAUGGCAGGGUUCCUCUGAAGCUGUCCACAACCUUACUAGUGAAGACAGUGAUGAAAGGCAGAAUGGUAAAUCAAUCCUACCUUUUGAUGACAAAAGCCUUCCAGUUGAAACUCAGGAUCAAUCAUCUAUUCAGCAAUCUCCUAGCAACAAUCUUGUAGGAAAUCAGAACAACUCAGCCGAAAAUCAAGAAGAAACUGAGAAAUUUGAAACAUCAGAUACCAUGGACUCUGAAGGUCAGAAUCAUUUGGGAAUGAUAAGAAUUGGAUCAUGGGAAAACAGAGACACAGAUGUUCAUCAAAUGGAAGCAGGAAGUGUAACCAAGUUUGAUGAAGCAAAAACAUGCUCCAUAGCCAAAGCUACAACCAGCACAGAAACAACAAAUACAUUCUUCCAUUCAGGAAGCAAUUCCAACCAACAGCCCAAGACCUGCAAAAACCCAAGAGGAACAACAAUUAGAGGCAGCAGACCAAUCGAGGAGUUCGAGGAUCCAGGGAAAUUCAGCCCACAAGAACCAAAUUACCUGCCAGUGGAGCAAGACCCAGAAGCAGAAAAGGUUGAUCUCAGGCAUCAGAUGAUGGAUGAAAGAAAAAAUGCAGAUGAAUGGAUGGUAGACUAUGCACUUCGCCAAACAGUUACCAAACUCAUUCCGGCUCGCAAGAGAAAAGUGGCGUUGCUUGUUGAAGCCUUUGAAACAGUCUUGCCAGCACCCAAAUAUGAAUCCCAUACGAGACAUACUUCAGGAGCUUUUGCCCAUACAAGACCCAUUCAAGCUUGCAGCUGAUACUGAUUACCAUGGUUAGGAAAUUCACAAAUGUGAUUGUGGAGUAGCAAGAAUUGUAAGGCAGAGCUAAGGUCAACAUUUUAGGGGUAACCUACAGUUCAUUCGAACAACUGACUUCUUGUUCACCACCUUUCCAGAACUACAGAAAACAAAGCUGCUUGAUAAAGUAAUGAUUAAACUAGAGUUGAUAGCAUUGUCAUGGCUUCUCCUGGGCUUAAUGGUGGAAAUGCAAGUUAAUACCAUUAGGUUUAAAGACAUAUGCAGUGAUAAGAAAAAGUGUGGUGUUCAGUUUCUUCAGUGAUCUAUCUAUCAACUGUUUGUUGUUGUCUGAGGGUAUUGUA